CACUUUUGCAAAUAACAGCAAGUGAUGAACGUAGCGGGCAAUAAUGCGAUGACAAGCGAAAGCGAUUGCCGCAUUUGGUCUCGCUCACAAAUAUAUACCGCUUUAGUCUAACAAUAUGAGUGAAACGGAAAGGUUAAUUGAAUUAGUGCGUGCAUCUCCAAUACUUUACGAUACAUCACAUGUUGAUUUUAAAAACACAAUAAAAAAAGAAGAAGCAUGGUUUAAGAUAAUAGAAAGCUUUGAAGCAAAAGAUGAUGUAGACUGGAAGAAAAAAUGGAAGAACUUAAAAGAUUCGUAUGUUAAAUAUUUGAAGUCUGAAGAUGAAAAGGCUACCAAACGAAACCCGAGUUUAAAACGAUAUCAAUACUGGUCGUGGGCCUCGAAAAUGGAAUUUAUAAGACCUUUUUGCAAAUUCGGCAAACUAACAAAAAGAGAACCAAACACUACAACAGACAAAGACAAACAAUGGUUCGACCUGCCAGAUGGAAUUUGUAGUGAAGAAGAAGAUUUAACAGAUGAAAUAUUGUAUGAUCCUACUGAAGAGCAAGUUGAUAUAAAAACCAUAGUAUAUGAAAAUCAAGAGAUAAAUCAACUUGAAAUACAACAUGUUAAUGUGGAUAAUUUUAAUAAUGAUUCCAAAGAAAACAAUAUUCAUUCAAAAGCAACUAAGAGAAAAUCGAAUGCAAAUUUAAAGCCAAAUCAUGAUGAUAUUGAAUUAAUACUAAUGGCUUAUGCAAAAACUAUUAAGAAAUUUUCACCAAAGAGACAGACAAUGGUUAAGUUCAAGUUUUCACAGAUUAUAAUGGAAGCAGAACUAGCUCAAUUGGAAGAAGAUGAAAAAGAUGGGCCUAGUGCCGGGAAAAGAUUUAAAGAUCCAUCAUCAUCUUCAUAUUUGUCCAGUGACCCAUGAGUCUUUAAACGAUUUUGUAUGAAAGCUGAAACAGUACCUAUAUGUUGAUGUAUUAAAUAAUAUAUUUUUAUAAGUCUUAUGUACAAUACAUUAUGUAUCUGAUUAAAUAGAAAAAAUGGCACAUAAUUGUUUGAGCUACAAGAA